AUGGCCUCGGUGCUGAGAUGUCUCCACAACUUCAAGACCCUGCUGGUCUUGUUCCUCACCCCGCUCCUGCUGCUGCCACUCAUCAUUUUGAUACCCGACAAGUUUGUCAGGUGUGCCUAUGUUGUCAUCCUCAUGGCCAUUUACUGGUGCACAGACGUCAUCCCAGUGGCUAUCACCGCCCUCUUGCCUGUUGUCCUCUUUCCACUCCUGCAUAUUCUAGACUCCAAGCAGGUAUGUAUCCAGUACAUGAAAGACACCAACAUGCUGUUCCUGGGUAGCAUGAUGGUGGCCGUGGCCGUGGAGCGCUGGAACCUGCAUAAGAGGAUCGCCCUGCGCACGCUGCUCUGGGUGGGGGCCAGGCCUGCGUGGCUGAUGAUGGGCUUUAUGGGUGUCACGGCUUUCCUGUCUAUGUGGAUCAGCAACACAGCUGCUACAGCCAUGAUGGUACCCAUUGUGGAGGCCAUGCUGCAGCAGAUGGAGUCCUCAAAGUUAACCUCUGGGGCCAGGAUGGAACUGGUGGAAAAGGGCAAGGCCAGUGAGUCGCCAGGGAGCCAAGUGGUUUCAGAAGAAUGCACCAAGGAGAAGCAGGAAGAAAUGGAAAAGAGGAAUGUGUACAAGGCCAUGAACCUGUGUGUGUGCUACUCAGCCAGCAUCGGGGGAACAGCUACCUUGACCGGGACAGGACCCAAUGUGGUGCUCAUGGGCCAGAUGCCUGAAUUGUUUCCUGACAGUAAAGAGAUUGUGAACUUUGCCUCUUGGUUUGGAUUUGCCUUCCCCAACAUGAUGUUCACGCUGCUGCUCACCUGGAUGUGGCUCCAGUGCUUUUACAUGGGUUUCAGUUAUAAAAAAUCCAGCAGAUCCAGGCGGAAGAGGAACGAUGAGAAGGCCGCCUACAAUGUACUGCAGCUGGAGUACAGCAAGUUGGGGCCCUUGUCCUUUGCUGAGAUCAGUGUGCUGAUUUGCUUCAUCUUGCUGAUCGUCCUGUGGUUCUCCCGCGACCCUGGCUUCAUGCCCGGCUGGCUGUCCAUUGCCUGGGUGGAUGGUGAGAAGAAGUUCUUGUCUGAUGCCAGCGUGGCUGUGUUUGUGACUAUCUUAUUAUUCAUUGUACCUUCCAAGAAGCCCAAUUUCAAGUUUUCCAGCCAGUCUGAGGAAGAAAGGAACACACCGUUUUAUCCACCACCACUGCUGGACUGGAAGGUGGCUCAUCAGAAAGUGCCCUGGGGUAUUGUGCUGCUACUAGGGGGUGGAUUUGCUCUGGCAAGAGGAUGUGAGGCGUCAGGGCUCUCUGACUGGAUGGGGAAGCAGAUGGAGCCCCUCAGAUGGAUGUCCCCAAAAGCUGUCACUUUACUCUUGUCCAUCAUCGUUUCUGUGUCCACUGAGUUCACAAGCAAUGUUGCCACCACCACCCUGUUCCUGCCCAUCUUUGCCUCUAUGUCUCGUUCCAUCGGCCUCAAUCCACUGUAUGUCAUGAUCCCCUGUACCCUGAGUGCAUCCUUUGCCUUCAUGCUGCCUGUGGCCACCCCACCCAAUGCCAUCGUGUUUGCCUAUGGACACCUCAAGGUUUCUGACAUGAUGAAAGCAGGACUAAUGGUGAACAUAAUUGGAAUCUUGUGUGUGUUUUUGUCGGUCAACACCUGGGGACGGGCCAUAUUUGACUUGGAUCAUUUUCCUGACUGGGCUAAUUCAACACACAGUAAGGCUCCUUAA